UGGAGCGAGUCCGCCGCGGCGUUGGGCGGGCAACUGGAGCGAGGGAGCGAGCGGCGGAGCAGUGAGUCCGCGCCCUUCGGGGGCAGCGGCGGAGACAGAGCGGCUACCGGCAUGGCGACCGUGUGCAUCGGUGAGAAAAUAAAGGACUUCAAGGUUUUAACACUCCUUGGGAAGGGGUCGUUCGCCUGUGUUUACCGAGCAAAAUCUGUAAGUACUGGUCUGGAGGUGGCGAUAAAAAUGAUUGACAAAAAGGCCAUGCACAAAGUGGGAAUGGUACAGAGAGUCCGCAACGAAGUGGAGAUACAUUGUCAGUUGAAGCAUCCGUCUAUAUUGGAGCUUUACAACUAUUUUGAAGACAACAAUUAUGUCUAUUUGGUACUGGAGAUGUGUCACAAUGGAGAGAUGAGCAGAUAUUUAAAGAACAGGAAAGCUAGUUUCUCAGAAGAUGAAGCUCGACACUUCAUGCAUCAUAUUGUUACUGGAAUGCUGUAUCUUCACUCACAUGGUAUAUUGCAUCGGGACCUCACUCUUUCUAAUCUUCUACUUACAAGUGACAUGAACAUAAAGAUAGCAGAUUUUGGAUUAGCCACACAGCUGAAAAUGCCCACUGAAAAGCAUUUCACCAUGUGUGGAACCCCCAAUUACAUUGCACCGGAGAUCGCAACUCACAGUGCUCAUGGUCUUGAAUCUGAUGUGUGGUCUCUUGGGUGCAUGUUUUAUACUUUUCUGGUGGGAAAGCCGCCAUUUGACACUGACACUGUUAAAAAUACACUGAAUAAAGUGAUGCUGGCAGAUUAUGAAAUGCCGACAUUUGUUUCAAGCGAGGCUCAAGAUUUGAUCUAUCAGCUGCUUCGAAAAAAUCCAGCAGAUCGCAUCAUUCUUUCUAGUAUAUUGGACCAUCCAUUCAUGAUGAAGUGCCCUUCAUCCAAAAGUAAAGAUCCAAUAUCUGCAGAGGACUCAAUGGAUAGUGGACAUGCCACAAUUUCAACUGCAUUUACCACAGGAGCAGGAUCUUCCGGUGCUAGUGCCACAGGACGCUUACAGCAGAAGACGAAACAAGUCAUAGGACAGUUUCUUCCAAAUAAAAUGUCAAUCAUUACUUCACACAAUAGUAUUAUCAAUGAUACUUCAUCCCUAGGAUUUAGCAUAGAAUAUCAUGAGGAAAGAGCACAAAAUACUGAAAUUAGUAGAGCUGGUCGAGGAAGAACUAUACAACAUGGAGAUGAAGAACGACCCCAUUCCCGAUGGCUUCGAAGGGCGCACUCUACUGACAGAUCUGAAAACUUCCAAAAUCAGAAUCCUGAAAAGUCUAGCAGCAGCAUGGAGCGCUGUCAGUCUGUUGAUGCACUGUUAAAGUCAACCAGACAUGAAAUGCAUAAUCAUGAAAACUUUUAUGGAGAUAAUUAUAUAAAUAUUCCACAAUUUAAUAGAGAGGUUUCAGAUAACAUCGCCACCCACAACAAGCUUGCCAUGUCUCCUGUCAAACAGACUACAAACUCAGGCUUUGCUUACCAGCCUACUUCCAGUGGACCAUUCUUGGAGCAGAUAUCACGGGCGGGCACAAUACAGCACUGGUUUGAAAAUAGCCAGCCACAUAAUGCUCAUUUCAGAAAACCAAUGGAUAUCAGCACCACCAGUAGCUCUAAUGGAAAUUUACAUGGUGGAAGAAAGCAGACUAUAGAUGAGGUUGUAUCGGCAAAUAUGUGGGGAAAACAAUCCAGCAACAAAAUGAAAACUGACGAACUAUACUACAAAGAUUGCUUCAGAAAACAGAUAGAUAUUCAAAGAUGUGAAGGAGAUUCCAGACAAUCAGACGUGCGGUAUGUCUGUCCUCAAGCUGUGAAACAACAUGGAUUAAUAAGACAGGAAAGGCAAUCUACUGAAUCUCAAAACAAGACAUUGCGAGAGUUGGUGUCACCAUUGAAGGCUCACAGACUUAAAGCAAUCCGGCAAAAAACUAAAAAUGCAGUGGUCAGUAUUCUUGACUCUGAGGAAGUGUGCAUGGAGCUUUUGAAAGGGAGUGGUGCUCAAGAACGUGUAAGGGAAGUACUUCGAAUAUCCUGCGAUGGAAACAUGAUCCAUAUUUACCAUCCUAAUGAGGGAAGAGGUUUCCCAAUAGACAACAGACCACCAUCUCCACCAGAGGAAGUAUUUGUUUACAGUUUUGAUGACUUACCAGAAAUCUAUUGGAAGAAAUAUCAGUAUGCAUCAAAGUUUGUUCAGUUGGUGAGAUCCAAAACUCCAAAGAUAACACUGUACACUAAGUAUGGCAAAUGUAUGUUAAUGGAGAAUGGCCCACAAGCUGAUUCUGAAGUCUGUUUUUAUGAUGGAGCAAAAGUUAAUAAGACGUCAGAGUUUAUUCGUGUCAUCGAAAAAUCUGGGAAAUCACACACACUCAAAGGAGGAAAAAUAAAUGACUUGGACGAAGAAAUAAAAUAUUAUGUGGAACAUGCGCACGAGGCAUAUCAGACUUGUCAAGAUCUGGAAUCAGUCAUUGCUGAACAAGAAGGAAGAAAGGGAAAACAGAUGUCAUUUUUCCCUAUAAUUAUUGGAAGGCGGCCUGCAAACAUAGAUUCCAUGCUGUCCCCGACUCCUACAAUGGAUCCAAAACGUGCAUUGCAGGAGCAACCACUGAUCCAAAAUAGAACUAACCUGACUGUGAGCAUUAGUCCCUCGAUUUGUUUGUCUGAAGAGUCUAUUUUAACGACUUUUACUGAUGUUAAAAAUAAAACUGCACCUUCAUCACAGCCUGCAAUAUCUCCAAGUCCAGGACAGGUGCUGAAAUCUGUUUUUGUACCUAAUGUUGGCUGGGCAUCCCAGCUCAACAACGGGGAAGUCUGGGUUCAAUUUAAUGAUGGUUCCCAGCUCCUGGUUCAAGCUGGUGUUGCAACUGUCAUUUACACAUCUCCUCAGGGCCAAUCAAUCAGCUAUGGACAGAAUGAGAAGAUUCCAGAUCAUGUAAAAGGGAAGCUACAGUGCCUCUCAUCAAUCCUAGGACUGCUGGCAAAUCAGACAAGCCAACAUGGAUUCCAAUGACAUGUGUAUAAUCUGUCAAAUUGACAAUAUUUUCUUACAUUUUUGUAUAUUUGUGAAUGUUUGUUUUCAGUAAUGUUCAUUAGUUACUACCCCUUUCCCUUGACGCCUGAAUAACAGCUAUCAGAGUUAAAGCUGAAAAAGAUGGUUGUUUAAUGUAGCACUUGUAAAUGCUGUAUCUGAAGCUGUAAAUAAUGUAUUUAUUAUCAUUUCUCUUGAGAUUUUUUAUUUUUUUCUAUUCGUAUCUAAGUUGAGUAAAUAUAAUGCAUUGAUAAGAGUUGAAAUGGGCAUAUUGUAGAUUUGUAUUUAACUGGUGUGUAUAGAAGGGUUUACACAAUUUAUAAAAAAGUAUGAACUUUGUUUUUCUGUAAGACAAUUUUAUAUAUAAUUUGUGUAUUUUAGAGCUGCACUGUAAUUUCAUUACCUGACUUUGUAGCAGCAAAACACUUCUUCCAAAAUGGAGUGGGGCAUUGAACUUCAUGUCAUUUACAUAGUGUUUGUAUCCUUCAUUCUGCAUUUUCUAAGAUUGUUUACACAAAAACAAAAUCUCAAGACUAAUUUUGCAAUUCUACUAAGCCAUAUGUUCUGGUAUUUUGAUAAGUUAUAAAGUAUAUUCUCCAAAUCAGCCACACUACCUUUUGCCCCACAUUUUAGGAUUUUAAAUUUAAGUAAUUAUUGGUUUUAAUUCCAGAGUCCAAGCUUGGUCUACAAUUAAGUUCAAGUUAAAUUAGUACUUAAUUGUUGAAAAUAUUAUGAAUUACCUUGCAGGAUAAUGAAUAACAAUUGUUAAUGAGACAACUUUGUCAAAAAAUAUUGAAAACUGAUUUGGAUUGUAAUCUACCGCUUAGUAUAUCUGUGAAUUAUGUAAAUUAUGUAUAUAUUUAAAUAACAACUUGCUGUCUGUUAUUGACUAUUCUAAUAUAUUAUGUGUAUUGGUGUUUUAAUACUAGUUUUUUUAAUAAAAAAUCAGUUUUUCCUAAUUUGUUUUUCCUUAAAAGUGGAUAUGAAAUUGAAAAAGAUGUCUCUCCUUGCCAGCAGAAAGAAAUCUUGCAGCUAGCAACAUGUAUUUCAAGUUUUACUUGACAUUAAAUAAAUUUGAAAAGUUCCUGCAAUAUUUUCAAAAGAAAGAAUGUGUAAAGACAGAACAAGCAUUCUGUUCAAAUUCUAAUUACUGAAAUGGCAAUUAAGUGUUUUAAUACCAAAUAUCAGUUGUUCUGAUGCUAAUAGUUAACAAUUACUUUUGCAUUAAAGCACUAACCUCCGCAACCAAUACAUAAUUCCUAUGGGCUUUGGGUAUUUCAACAAAUUUGAUUGCACUACCUCCCAAAAUAGUUAUUUCUAUCACUGGGGAUAUUACUCUAAAUUGGAAACUUUAAAUAACUUUUAUUAUCCCAAAGGCAACCAACAGUGGUAUCCAAGAUUUGUUAACCAAUCUUAAAACGGGAUUAAAUCUCAGACUUCCAGAAUGACCUUGUUUGCUGGGUUUAACCACUUCGAUACUAAAUGAAGUAAAAAAAAAAG